AUGGGUGGGCUAGCGAAGCUUCACAAUACACUAUCAUUCCCCUUUAUCUCCUUGGGAAACAGUUUAGUGAAUGAUUUUGAAGAGGUGACUGCUCCCCAUGCUGUUAAUCUCUAUGCUUUCUCAGUGAAAAGGAAGACAUUUUCCUCUCACCACACGACAUGUCAAGGAUUAAACGUUUUCAGCGGAACUGUGUUGGAACCCAAACCACAACGAGAAAUUGCAAUAAAAAAGACCUGGCCAGAGAGCAAAGACAGGGAGCGGAACUUUGAAAUGAUAUUUUUAACUGGUAUUAGUCGAAAGAAACAUAAAAACAUUGUUCAAAUGAUAUUUGCUUUUUCUAAUAGAGUGGGCAAAGAUAACAAAAUAUGUGAAUCAUUUGUUUUUGACUUCUUACCUGAUACACUUGCAUCAGUUAUAAAACGAGAAGUGCUCGAUGAUACAGACAUUAAAAUUUAUACUUGGCAAUUAUUUAAUGGGCUUCGCUAUUUAAGUAUGCAUCAAAUAGUUCACCGUGAUAUAAAACCUUUAAAUGUGCUCAUAGAUCAUCCACUGGCACUACUUAAAAUUGGUGACUUCGGUUCAGCCAAAAUCGUUAGGAGCUUGAGAUUGUCUUUUCAGGUGACAAGAUUUUAUCGCCCUCCCGAACUGCUGUUGGGCUCAGAGUAUUACAAUUGGACCGUCGAUUUGUGGUCAGCUGGUUGUGUGGUUGGAGAGAUGCUCCGUGGCAAUGUGCUUUUUCCUGGACGACAUGGCAGACAUCAAUUGAAACUGAUUUUCCUAUGCCUGGGCAGUCCAACUGACGAAGAUGUUAAGCUUAUGAAGGUAAGCCUUCCAUUCUGUAUAUCGCUUCCCACAAAAUCUGAUUUCAAUUCGUUUCAGCUAUGCCCACAUGCUGACCAAGGAAUGCUUGAGCUCCUUGCAAAAGUCCUCGUCUACCGCCCUAAUGAUCGCCUAUAUGGGCGCCAGCUAUUGAUGCAUCCUGCAUUCGCGUCAAUACUGAAGUUGAUUUUAUUAAGUGUUUCCAACUCAUAUUAUGCCUUUUUAAAACUGAACAUUGCAGAGAGGGAACGAAAAGAUCUAACGGACAGUUAG